AUGAAAUGUUACAGUUGCUCAUCUGCAAAUAUACAUAAGGAAUGGCCACAUGAUAGUUUGAACCGUAUAGAGUAUAUUCGACAAUUUCCUCAGUUUGCGAAUGAAUCUUGUAUUACAACGCAUUCAUUUCCAGUGGUACCGUGUGAAGAUAGCGUAUGCGUGAAACUAAGCAUUCUAAAUCCAUUAAUUAGUCGACGUCUACAUCACGAGCGCAAUGUAGCGAUAGUGCGUGAUUGCUGGAGUCGAAUAAUGAAAAAUGACGUGAACGGAAAUGUUUCAAGUGCAGUGUUUCAGAAGAAUCACGUACAGGUAUGA